GAAAGAGGCAAAGUUAACUUCCCCGAGCAGCCAGGCCGCCCAGUCGGGGGAUGGCCGAGCCCGGGAUGGCCGCGUCUCGGGCCUUCCCGUUGCUGGUCGAGGGAUCCUGGGGCCGCGACCCUCCCAAGAAUCUGAGCACCAAGCUGCAGUCCUAUUUCCAGAGCCGCAAGCGCUCCGGAGGCGGCGGGGAGUGUGAGGUCCGCAGAGACCCCGAGAGCCUGGGGCGCUUCCUGGUGCUCUUCUCCGAGGACGUUCGACAGACAGUUCUGCAAAAACCAAAUCACGAGUUAGUCUUGCCAGGAAAAGGGACGUACCAGUUAACAGUCCAGCUGCCCACCACUCCGGAUGAAGUCCCAGAUUCUAAGGAGAAAAUUCCAACACGUUUUGAAUCCAAGACCAAAGAAGAUGUCAAAGAACCAGGUGUGUCAGAAGAGGUGGAAGAUAUCCCAAGAGAAUGUGAAAAUGUUCCCAGUUUGGUGGCAUUUGAAAACAUCCACACGAAUGUGACUGACAUGAUGUUAACCUUGUUAGUGGAGAACGUAACUGGCCUGACCAGUGAUGACUUUGAAGUGGAAAUAAUACGAGAUGUUGCUGUUGCUGUGGUUGCCUUUAAAAAGCACACAGACACUACGAAAUUUGUUUCUGACUGUGCCACUCACAAUUUGAGUGAACGACUUCAGUUGUCUCCAAGACUUCUAGAAGAAACAAAAACAGUCCGGGUUGAAAACCUGCCCCCUGGUGUUGACGACUACCAGCUACAACUUUUCUUUGAAAAUCCUUUGCAUGGAGGAGGAAGAGUGGCCCACAUUGAGUGUUUUCCUGAAGAGAGUUCAGCUCUGGUUGAAUUUUGUGACAGAAAAGUGUUAGACACCAUCCUGACCAAGAAACACAACUUCAAUAAGAUGCCGCUCUCUGUCUUCCCCUACUAUCACUCUUUGGGGACAGCCUUGUACGGAAAGGAACAGCCUCUCAUCAAGCUGCCAGCACCAUUUCAAGAGUCGUUGGUGCUGCCUUUGUGGAACUUCUUGCAGAAAAAGACCCAUCUGAGAAAAGAGCUGGAUGAUGAAAUGGCACAGCAUCACUGUUUGCUAACAUGGUCCCAAGUGGACAAUAAAGUUACCAUCAGACCUGCAGCCACCUUAGUCAAUCAAGGAAGACCCAAAAUCAAGACAUGGCAGACAGAUGCUUCGUCAGCACUCUCUGGCAUCAGGUCUAAAUAUACAGUCACUUCACUUAACGUGACUGCAAGAGUGUGGAACGUCAUAAAAAACGACUUAGAAGAUGAUAGGAUUUUGAUCGAGUUUGAUACCUCUAAGGAGAUUGUAACCUUAACAGGAAAAUCAGACGAUAUCCAAAAUGUUAGUCCACAAUUCAAGGAAUUAAUAGAAAAGACUACUCAAAAAAUUCAAAAGGAAGAGCAAAGUCUGAAGGAAAAAGUGGCCAUUUCUUCAGCACAGUAUUUUCUUUUGCACCACAGUGGUGUUCUGGAGUGUAUGUGCACAGAAUGCCCAGACAUGGAGGUUCGUUAUGAUGCGAAUGCUCAGAACCUGUGCCUUAAAGGACCCCACAUCGAUGUGUACAAAGCGAAGUGUGAAAUUCAGGAAAAAGUGUACACUAUGGCUCAGAAAAGCAUUGAGGUCUCUCCUGAGGUCUUCCAGUUUUUACUGCAAGUAAACUCAAAAAAAUUCUCUGAGUCCUUUUUUAUAGCACAAAAGAAUCUUACAGUUUAUGAACUCAAGGGUACCACUGUCCUCCUAACCAGCUGUUCUUCUGAAGUCCUGGCAGAAGCUGAAAAACAAAUGCUCAGUGCCUUAGAUUGUAAACACAUUGACGUUGAGGGCAAGGAAAUUCUUACUACUGGCAAAUGGGAACAGUUUAUUGCCAAUGUCCAAAAAAAGUUUUAUGCUUCCACAGACAUUAUCGUAAUCAAUAAAUCCACUGCAGGCAGCCCAGGUGAAGUCAUUGUGGCAGGUCUUGCAAAAGAAGUAAGUGAAGUUGUCCGCUUGGUUCUUGAAUUCUUGAAAAAACACAUGAAAAUAGAGAGGUUGGUUGAAGUAGAGACAUCCUUGAUUGUAGACUACUUAAAAAAAGACAAGAAGCUCCUCGGGUCAAAAAUAAAUAAGGGAGAUAUGCAGAUACUUUUCAAUCCAGAGAACAAACCCAAAGGCAUUUUACUAGUUGGCCCCAAGGACCAAGUGCUAGGUGCUGUGGACACAGUCAGGGAAAUUGUGAAGUCUGUCUUUGUGAGAAGAGUCUUUAUUGACAAGCCAGGAGCCAGGCAGUUCUUCCAAGACAAAGCACAGUUUUGCAGAGGUGAGAUUAGGAAGAAGUACGGUUGUUUCAUUGAACUGGAGAAUAAGGAACAGGUAAGAGGCACAGCUGAUCGGUCAAAGUACCUCAUCCAGAGGCAGGUGGCUCCUGGUGUCACUCUGACUGCCCAGCAGGGUGACUUGACUCAGUUUCCCGUCGAUGUGGUGGUGAAUGCAGCAAAUGAAGACCUCAAGCAUCUGGGCGGUCUUGCUGGUGCCCUCUCAAAAGCAGCUGGCCGGGAACUGCAGGAGGACUGUGAGAAGGCCGUGAAGAGGGCCAGCCGCCUCCUGCCAAGCGAUGCCAUCCUCUCAAGGGCAGGCAAGCUGCCCUGCCGCCAUGUGAUCCACGCGGUGGGGCCCAAGUGGUCUGAAUCUGAGGCCCCGAGGUGUGUGUACCUGUUAAAGAAAGCUGUGGAAAACAGUCUUCUUUUAGCGGAAAAACACAAGUGCCAAUCCAUAGCCAUUCCCGCCAUCAGUUCUGGAGUCUUUGGCUUCCCUUUACAGCGGUGUGUGGAGACCAUUGUUCUGUCCAUCAAGGAAAGCUUGGAAUUUAGGCAGGUUGGGAGCACCUUGAGAGAGAUUUAUCUUGUGGACUCAUCGGAGAAGACAGCAGAGGCUUUUGCUAAAGCUGUGGAAACUAUAUUUAAAGACUCUCUGUCAGACAGCGUGUCCAAGCCGGAUACAACUUCCCUGCCUAGAGGACCAGCAGCGAAACCUGUCACAUCACAGGAAGUGGCCUGUCUGACAGCCCCAGGAGGCUUGAAGAUCCUGCUGGUGAAAAAGGGCGUGCAAGAUGCUACGACCCAUGUUGUGGUCAAUUCCAUUCCUUCGGAUCUUGCGCUGAACAGAGGGCCCCUUUGUCAGGCCAUUUUGGAAAAAGCUGGACCAGAGAUCCAGCAGGAGUUGAACACAGCUCUACAAGGGGUAGCUGUCGACGUGGGCACAGUUCUCCAAACCCGUGGCUACAAUCUACAGUGUGACCAUGUGCUUCACGUGGUGGCUCCAGCACGGGGAACCGGAGAUGCACAAAAGGUCAUGAAAGAAAUAAUCAGAAACUGUUUGGAGAUUACGGAGAAACUGUCUUCACGAUCAAUUGCAUUUCCAGCAAUUGGAACAGGAAAUUUGGGAUUUCCUAAGACUGAGUUUGCCGAAUUACUGCUUUCAGAAGUACUCACAUUUAGUGGCAAAAAGCAGCUAAGAACUUUACAAGAGGUUCAGUUUCUGCUGCACCCAAGUGAUCAUGAAAGUAUUCAGGCAUUUUCACAUGAAUUUGCCAGAAGGACUAGUGGAAAUCUCAGUGACCAAAUUCCCAAGGCUGAAGCUAAGCAAGAUUUCUAUGGGACUAUUUCUAGCCCUAAUUUGGGAGUACAUGAAAUGAAGAUUGGCCCCAUCCUCUUCCAGGUGGCCUCUGGGGAUAUCACUAAAGAAACUGCAGAUGUGAUUGUAAAUUCAACAUCCAGCACAUUUAAUCUUAAAGCAGGGGUCUCCAGAGCAAUUUUAGAAUGUGCAGGACAAGAAGUGGAACAGGAAUGUGCUGUCCUAGGUCGACAGGGCAAACAAGAGUACAUAAUUACUAAAGGUGGAUUACUGAUGUGCAAGAACAUUAUUCAUGUCGUUGGUGGAAAUAAUGUCAAGAAAUCAGUUUCCUGUGUUCUGCAAGAAACCGAGAAACUGAAUUACUCCUCCAUUUGCCUCCCAGCCAUUGGGACAGGAAAUGCUGGACAAGACCAUAAUAAGGUUGCCGAAGCUAUACUUGAUGCCAUUGAAGACUUUGUCCAGAAAGGAUCAGUUCAGCAUGUAAAGAAGGUUAAAGUUGUUAUCUUUCAGCCCCAGCUACUAAAUGUGUUUUAUGCCAACAUGAAAAACAGAGAAGGGUCUCAGGCUUCUCAGCAACCAUCGAUGUUAUCUAAAUUUUUCUCCCGCUUAGGUUUUUCAAAACCUCAACCACAAGAGAAACCUUUGAUUUUGGAAAAGAAAACAGAAUUGGUGGUCUUCCAGGUGUGUGGUGACAGCCAACGCUGCGUGGACCAAGCUGUCCAGUGGUUAAAGGACCUGAUCACAAAGGAGCAGUUUUCUUACACCAACACAGAUGAGUGUCUCAGAGAUUUUGAUGAAAAGGAGUAUAAGGAACUGAAUGAGCUGCAGAAGAGAUUAAAUAUUAUCAUUUCUCUGGACCAGAAGAGACCUUUCAUGGAGGUUUCGGGAAUUAGUAGAGAUGUGAUGGAGGCUAGAGAUAAAAUUGAGGAGAUGAUUAAGAAGGCGAGAUUGGCCAGAGAAGAAGCAAAGAGGGCAGACUGUGUUAGUGAAUUUAUAGAAUGGCAAUACGAUGACAAUAACACUCCUCAUCCUUUUGACAAAAUAACCAAUCUGCAAUUGGAAGAUGCAAAGAAGAGAAAGAACAAGAGCAUCAAUAUCAAAAUUAACAAUCAGUGCUACACGGUGGACCUGGAGACCUGCAUUGCCACAAGUCAAGGCGGACACAGUUUCACUGUUAGGCGCCUCACAAAAAGUGAAAUUACCCUUCCUGCACACUGGAGUGACAUGAAUCAGCAGAAUCUCUGUGUGGUCCCGCUGCAGCUUGGGGACCAGGAAUUCAGCACUGUGGCAGGAAAGUUUAAACAGACUUGCCCAAAUUUUGUCAUUGAGAAGAUUGAGAGGAUCCAGAAUCCACAUCUGUGGCAUUGCUACCAGGCAAAGAAAAAAGCCAUGGAUGCCAAGAAUGGCCAGCACAGCAAUGAGAAGCUUCUCUUCCACGGGACAGACGCCGGCUCGCUGCCUCACGUCAACAGGAAUGGGUUUAACCGCAGUUAUGCGGGCAAGAACGCUACGGCAUAUGGAAAGGGAACCUAUUUUGCUGUCAAUGCCAAUUAUUCUGCCAGUGACACAUACUCAAGCCCAGAUCCACGUGGGAGAAAGCAUAUGUAUUACGUGCGCGUACUCACUGGAAAGUACACACAGGGGAACAGCUCAUUGAUUGUGCCUCCUUCAAGGGACCCUCAAAAUCCUACUGACCAGUAUGACACAGUCACAGAUAAUGCGAAGAACCCAACUAUAUUUGUGGUAUUUUAUGACUACCAAGCAUACCCGGAGUACCUUAUAACUUUCAGACGUUAACUUUUUGGUUUUCUUCCUGAGACAUCAUAUGUAACUCCUGGGAAACAGGUUCAUCCCGCCCCACUACUAACCACUUUUUCCAAGACCAGUAUAUCCCUUUUCCUUUUCCUCCUCCACCCUUCUUUGCCAUGGUGGGGAUCAAACCCGGGCCCUGUGCAUGCCAGCCGAGCACAGCACCACCGAGCUCUACCCUCAGCCUGAAAGGUCCUCCUUUGUCACUGAAAUCAACUUCCCUCAGCCUUUUCUUGGAACCUAUCUUGAGAACAAAUAAAUUUGAGAAUAUGAGAUAACAAAA